UUUCAGGAGAAGUCCCAUACGCAGCUUCUCAGUUGCAGAUCUGUACGGACUGAGAUAAAGUAAACAGAGGACAUAGCAGCACAGCUUCGACGUUUUGUAUUUUGGUCUAUGGUGGACUUGGAUUUUACGGUCAACAUGACAUUUGAGGAACUAAGUGGGGAAUUUUCUCAAGAAAGAAUGGACUCUGUGGCCAAAGCGUUGGAGGAGGUGCUGGUGUCGGCGCUGCCGCAGGGCGGCAUCACCGUGGGGGUCUACGAGGCAGCCAAGUCUCUGAAUGUUGAUCCUGAUAAUGUGGUUUUGUGCAUCCUGGCCACGGACGAUGAAGAUGUGAAAGACGUUGCCCUUCAGAUUCACUUCACCCUCAUUCAAGCUUUCUGCUGUGAGAAUGACAUCAACAUCCUGAGAGUGAACAACACCAGGCGCCUGGCACAGAUACUCGGCGGAGCUGGAGGAGGGAGCAAGCAAAACGGGGGGGAACCCAUGGACCUGCAUUGUGUCCUUGUCACUAGCCCACAGUCUACGUCAUGGAAGGACCCGGCUUUGAGCAAGGUCAACGGCUUCUGCAGGGAGAGCCGGUGUAUGGACCAAUGGGUGCCCAUCAUCAACCUCCCGGACCGGUGAAGAGCCCUGGAGACCAGCAGUGGAGACCUGUGGAAGAACUGUACAGUGGACAGGGAGUCGGGUGUGAAUCCGGAUGGACACACUACCAACCGACCCUGGGCUCUAAUUCAAAACGCCCUACUGACGGCAAGGGGAAGACGGAAGAUCAGCAACAUGAAUUUGGAGGGAACAAAAUGGAUGACCAGCCCUCCAGAGUGGCUGUGUCUAAACAAAAAGAACAAAUAUCUAGAUUUGGGAAUUGGAUUUCCCCAGGGACGGGCCUGCUGGGAGUUGUGGCUCUUGGCAAACGAGAAGACGAGAUGACAUGGCACUUUUAACGUCAUGAGAAGGAGGUAAAAACAAAAAGCGUCGCUUUUGAUGUAAAAGUGAACCGCGUACAGAAGGAUAUUUAAGUGGUUUAAGCACUUGUGAUUACUCUAGAAAAGGUGAAAGAGCAUUUAUAAGAGCUUUAAACACCAGUGGAGUCGACCAAGCCCCCCCCCCCCCCCCCCCCCCCUGCAAAGACAAAGCACUGUUGAAACACUGGAACUCUGAAAUUUCACUAAUUUCAUUUAAAUUGUUGGUGUUAUUCUUGUUACUAUUGUAAUUAUUAUUAUUAUUAUUAUUAUUAUUUAAAAAGGGAAGUGAUAGAUAUACAGCGAAAAAUAUGGUCUGUAGUCAGUGUUUUCUAUGCAGACCAAUUUUUGCUACAUACUGUAGUAAUAGUUCAUUUUUCUACAAUUUAAGUUAUUUCUAAGGAUAUUUAAGUGUAUUUAUGUUUCAAUUUUUUUUUACCCUUUACUAUUUCCAAAGCUUGAUAAAGACCAGUAUGUAUUGUGGACAAUAAAAAGCCUUUCUUUUGGAGCCAGAA